UAGUUGGAUCAUAUUGCAAUGCUCAAAUAGUUUGGCUGGGCCGCUCUUAAACUGAUCCAGAACGGGAUAUCCGAUCCAAAGAUGAUGACGAAGCGGGGCAAAGCACAACGCAUAUUCAGUUUGUUGCAUGGUCGCAACGUGUCAAAUCCAUGUAACAGCAAACAGCAGUCGUUCGCAUUAUAAAGUGGAUCAUCCCCAUCUCUCACAGAGACAUCCGGCUUUUCAAACCCAAAAUCAUCCAUUGAAGAAUAAGGAAUUAAUACACAGAAUUAGCGCAGCUGUAAACAUGGAGAAGAAGAAACAUCUUUCUUCCAUUGCCAAUGACGUCCUAAACAGAUGUGCCCAGAAGUUGGAUACUUCUGUAGAUUCAUUGGUGGAAGAAUUUGAGAGAGAAUGGGACUCUCAGAUGACUGGAUAUUCAAAGAAACUAGUAGAAUUUUGCUGCUCAAAAGUGCUUCCUGUGAUGUGUGUCAACAUAGAUGAAAAUAUUUGUGAUGGCUCCUUUAACCGCUUCACAUUUGAUAUGAUGAGCGCUUGGGAGAUGCCAAGUUCGGCUGAGGAAGAUUCAUAUACGGAAUGUGUGGCAAAAGAAAAAGAGGAGAAAAAAGCACCUAUAAAAACCAGUCAAGAGCAAGAUGACGUAUCCCUUUUCUAUUCUGAUCUCAUGCCACUCCUCGUUGAUCAUGAAUCAAGUGUAGGAGAAGAAGCGUAUGUAUGGUUGGCAAUGCUCGUUCCUUUGGCUGCCGAUGUUGUUAAUGGGAGGUUUACUUUUGAGACACUGACAGCACAUACUGCUAAUCAACUUCACUUUCCUGCUUAUGAUCACUUCUUGAAAGAAAUUAACAAAUGUGUAAAGUAUUUGCAGAAGCAAGAGACACCAAAAGGUGUAACACUGGCAGAUGAUGAAUUUAUACUGCACGUGGAGGGAACUGCAGGCUCACAAAGAGUAGUGCGCCAUAUUGGAGGAACCAGUUGGCCUGGCAGGUUGACGCUAACAAACUAUGCCCUCUACUUUGAGGCAUCUGGUGUAGUAUCUUAUGAAGAUGCUCUUAAACUUGACCUUUCAAAGGACAUUGAGCAAAGUUUAAAACCUACGGCUACAGGGCCAUGGGGUGCUCCUAUUUUUGAUAAAGCGAUACUUUAUGAAUCUUCUGAAUUGCAAGAAGGUGUUGUCCUGGAAUUCCCAGAGAUGACGAGCUCAACAAGACGUGACCAUUGGCUUGCUCUUGUGAAGGAGAUUAUGUUAUUGCAUCAGUUUCUUUUGAAGUUCAAGGUAAAAUCUCCACUUGAAGCAUGGGAAAUGCACGCAAGGACAAUACUUGGAAUCAUCAGACUUCAUGCAGCUAGAGAAAUGCUGAGAAUUUCACCACCGAUUCCACAUAGCUUUUUAAUUUUUGCGUUGCUCAGUGAGUUACCAAAGGGUGACUACAUACUUGAGGAGCUAGCCGAGAGUCUGAAGAAGGUUACCGGUGCAUAUCCAUGCAGUGCCAGCUCGAUACUCAGGAACUUGAAUGUCUCCCAACCAUGUGUUCCUUGUUUAGAGACGAAAGAAAUUGGCAAAGAAGAAAUUUCCCAGCAUGAAAACCUUUCAUCGUCAGUUAACCAGGCAAAAGAGGAAGCAAAAGAAAUGGACAUGGCGAAGGCUACUGCAGAGGGGCUAAAAGAGGAUGGUAUCAGUGAAAGUGCACAAGUUCUUAUGGGGCUACUUGAGAAGCUCAAGAAUUUUUUCCUACGGUGUCGAGGAAUUUUUACAUGGGAAAGGCCCGUAACUACUUUGAUUUUGAUUUUUGCGUCACUAUUAGUCAUCUACAAAGAAUGGGUUGGCCCAGUUAUAGCAGCUUUCUUGUUGUGGGUGGUUGCAACCAUGCUUUGGGCUAGACAGACGAGGAUUCCAGAGAAGCAAAACAAAAUUGUAAUCCACACAGGUUCGAAUCAGACGACGAUGGAGAGCAUAGUGUCAGCACAACAAGGAUUAAGAACUGUACAUGAAGUAAUGCAGAAUAUAAACAUAGCGAUGUUGAAAAUCUGGUCAGUUUUGGUCUCUAAAGCUCCAAAGCAUACAGAUACAGUUAUGAUAGCUUUGAGUUGCGGCUCAUUUUUGUUUAUGGUGGUUCCAUUCAAGUUCAUCCUGAUGGCCCUCAUGUCGUGUGGAUAUAUUAUGGCAUCCCCUUUGGGGAAGCGUAUGAAUAAUGAACAAAGUAAUCGGCGUCUAAGAGAAUGGUGGGACUCUAUUCCUGUCACCCCCGUCGAAACUGUGGACUGCUCUAAAUGAUUGAAGAUGUUAUCACGGUUUAUUUCCUUUUACAUGUACAAUUUUGAUCAUAAGUCGAAGAAUAAUGUUAUCUAGUGUCGGUGUUGUUAUGUCGUCAAUCUAUUUGUCAUAAUCUAUUUGUCAUUACGUGAUAAGGUCCAAUUAAAUUUGAAACUAAGUGAUUCAAUUAUCUGUACUUUUUAUUUACUAACACUUAAUGCCAUCUAGAUGGGUGUUUUAACAUUA